AUGACCAAGCGCCACGCACUCGACCUGCAUGUGCUUAAUGAUCGUCCCGUCAAGAAGAAAGGCAAACAAUUCUCCACUCCACAUGCCCCACGACAAAGUGUAAACAAGUUAUCACGUCACGAAGUCUCUGAUAAAUUAUACAACGAUGAAGAACAAAUCCAAAGAAAUUCCAUUCGCAAGAAGCGAUCAGUGAGUUCAGCCAGCGUUUCACCUCUACGUGGCAAGGAAUUAUCGCAAUUCGAGUCUUGGCUCAAAGCUCCAGUCGACAAUCCCGCAGUACCCGGUGCAGGAGCCGCAAAACGCGUUCAAGAUGAUGAUUUACUCAUGUUUCGAGACAACCGCGUGCUAGCUUACCCGCCAAUUUUCCCGGUUGAGGAGACCAACACUAGAGCUUCAAGACGUCCGCGGUCGUCCAUUGAGAGUCCUCCACGGAAGACUAUACGUCAUGUAGAUGCGACGAUUAAGGACAAUUUGGCUCGGGAAGCUGCUGCCUCAUUGCCCCCGAUCAUGAACCCGACACACAAAGACAAAGCUGUUUUGGACCAGUUAUUGGCAGAUUGCAAAGGGAAGUCUUGUGGUACAGAAGCUACGCUUGGAUCGCCUAAGCAAGAUAACCAGAACUCCGGUCGAAGUGCGAAUACCAACGACAGUAUCAUAUUGCCAGACCAGAUUUUCUACGAACAGAAUUCGCAUGAGCCACUAGCGACAGUUGGUCUGAGUGACUGGGCCCCGUUUUGUACUGAAGAUAGCCCAGUAAUCACUCAAAUAUCCUCGAAGCUCUCUCAACGAUGCAAAGAUCUGGAUCUUAGUGGUCUGGUGACACUCACACGAGCAAAAGAUUUCACGUUACUGCUUGAGAACUGCCCAAAGUUACAGCGUCUCGUAUUGACCAAAUUCGAGAACAUACCGAAAGCUGCUUUUCACGCCAUAGCACGCAAAUGUCCAUCAUUGAAUGACUUGUCUUUGGCUGACAGUGAUUCUGUCACGGACGAUCUCGUUGGAGCGGUAGCAGAAGCUUUUACGAGAUUGUCCAGCUUAAACCUAAACGGGUGUGAACACGUGACCAACUCGGGUGUGUUGCAACUGCUGAAGAAGACAAAACAUUUAGAAAGACUCCGUCUCGAUCACUGCAUCUUCAUCUCCGACGCUGCGCUGAUACCAUUGAUCAAGACGCGGAGAGCAAACCUGAAGACGAUCUCUGUCCGUCACUGUCGCAGAGUCACUGACUCCAGUAUCAAGGAGCUGUUCUCGAACCAGCCUCGACUACUGGAAGAGCUGAAUGUGAGCUACUGCGUAGACAUCACUGAUGAAUCCUUCGAGUGUCUUUGCUCCGUGCCCAGUUUCUUCGGGAAUCGAGCAGUCAGCACAUACCCCAAACUGGUUAAACUGGAUGUUUCUGGGUGUACAUCGUUGACCAAUUUGAGUUGUUCCUGGAUCGCUGCAGUUUGUCCACUACUUCAAUGCUUCAAGGCUUCUGGUUGUGUCGGUCUCACUGACAAAGGACUGAUGGCUUUAGCUGGACUAUUGAAGCUCGAAGAGCUCGACCUUUCUGACUGUGCGGGCUUCACAGAUUCAGGUUUUGACAAGUUUUUCCGAACUGACGGCAUCAAUGCAAACACCACCAGACCAUCGGAUGCUCCAGUCUCAAAAAACUUCAAGCCACUCAAACAGUUGAUCCUGUCGAACAACCACAACGUCGGAGAAAAAGCGAUACUCGCAGUGAUCGGUAUGUGUUCCAAGUCACUGGCAUCUCUCGAUCUCUCCAGAGUUGGUACGAUUCCGUCCUCUAUCCUCGUCAGACUAGUAAAAGCUGCUCGAUCAGUGUCUGAGCUACGUCUCGCCGGUCAAUGCGAAGUAUCCAGAGCCAUGCUGACUCAUCUUGCAAGUUACAACAAGGUUUUGCGAUUGCUUGACCUCCGAGACUGCAUAGAUGUCGACGAUCUCGCUAUCUACCCUGUGAUAGUGAUGCAGUCAUUAGAAGAACUCUACCUUUCAGGUUGUUCCAAGCUAUCCAGCCGCGGGUUGCAGAGUCUACCAGGAAGUAUCACCCACUUCGAGCUUCACCGCCACAAGCUAGACGAAGCAUGUUGUCGUACUCUUAGUGACCAACUGCGUAACCUCGAAGUGCUGGAACUUUCUCACAGUGAAGACAUCGAUCCUUUUGGACUAGCUGUGAUCUGGAACAAGUGCCGCUUCUUGCGUCACCUCAACGUAUUUCAAUGUCCCCUGAUCCAAAUAUCCGACCUACACAAGCUACUUCGCGGCCGUCCAGAGAAUCCCUACGGUCUUGAAGUGAUCAUCGAUAAUGAGGAGAAGUUCAAAGGCUUAGCAGCUUCUGAUCCUGAUGCAGCAAUGAAAGCUCGAAGACGAGAGAAAUUGUUUGGAUAUUCCGCCAAAAGCGUCGAGUUAGCGGGCGUACUCCAAGCACGCUUCAGAGUCCGACAGCGAGCUCGUGGGAAACAGAGUGAGCAGGCUGAUCGCGAAUGGGAACAAUUCUGCGCGGCGCUGGACAUCCAGCGAGUUUUCCGAGGUUAUCGGUGUCGAAUGAAGUACGGAAUCACAAGACGGAAGGUUAUCAAGGCAGUGAUAUUGAUCCAGUAUCGAUGGCGCAAGCGACGACAUGAUCGACGAGUACGACGAGCUCAAAGUUACUGGACGAAUCGCUCCGAGCUCAAGGUCUUUACAGCGUGGAAGUCACUGUAUCUGGAGAGGAAACGUGAAGAAAAAUGUGUUCUAGCUGCGUUAAAAGCAGCAAAGGCACUCAACUUCUGGGGACAGCACAAACUUCCAGCCUUUUUCGGUGCAUGGAAGCAGUUCGUUCAGCAUAAACGAAGUCACGCUAAGAAAGCGCUAGUGUUCUGGAAAUGCCAGUCGUUGCCCCGUGUCAUUGAAGCCUGGCGUACACUUACAGCACAGGAGAAAUGGCGACGACAAUUAGUUGUCAAAGUGUUUUUAAACACAGUCUCACUAGAGACUCAUAAUUCGACGCUGCAGCUUGAAGGCAGAAUUCGAGCAAAUCUGGUGGCGAAGCGGUUGGUGUGGCGUCUGUGGCUCGAGUUUGUGCGAGAUCAGAAGCUCUUCCUGCUCAAGGCGACCAUGUCCAUCGUCUGUGGGAGCUUAACUCACUGGGCUUUUCGUCAGUGGCGCCAAAAUGCACAGCGUGAACGUCAACUACGUGAUAAAUACCGUCGACUAGCAGGCAAAAUCUUCCAUCGAGACAAGCUACUGGUCUGGAACGCCUGGAUAGAAUUCAUCCGAGAACAGCUAGCCAAGCGAAGAGCAUUCGCGAAAUUCUCGAGCAAUAUCAUGACGAAAUGUUGGCUGCGUUGGCAUAAAUACCACGAGGAUCUGAUGGCACUUCGAGCUGUUUCUGGUCGUGUAGCAGCUCGAUUAAAGAUGAUGAAUGUAGCCAAAGCUGUGAGCACGUGGUACGAGUUCACUCAGGAACAGAUCGAGAUGCGCAAUCGACAGCGUCGAGCACUGGCGUUCUUCAUGAACGGCACUCAAGUUCGCGUCUUCGCGGCUUGGGCGGCACAUACAGAGUACGCGAAAUACUGUCGAAAGCGGGUGCGAGCAAUGAUAGCGAACGUACAGUUAACCUUCACAUUUACAGUCUGGAUUACUCAGAUUCGAGAGCUGCAACAUGCUCGUCGAAUGGCAACAAGGCUGCAGGCUUAUUGGCGAGGUGUGUUAGGUAGGAGGCACGUGGAGAACCACUACUUGUACAUGGUUUGGGCCACUGUAAUGAUCCAGAACGCCUGGCGGGGGAGACUGGGUAAAGCUCUGCUACUUGCAGCGACGAGGAAGGCGCGACUACGUGAAUAUCUGCGAGCAGAGCGUGAGAGAGAAGCCAUGGCGAUUGAGGAGAACCAUAUGCGCCAAGUAGAGCGUGAACUGCGGAUGGUUAUUAUACUACAGCGUCGGUGGCGUGGCGUAGCAGCCAGACAUUUAUUUGAAGAGGUCAGACGUGCUAGGUUUAUUCUUCGCAAGCAGCAAGAGGCAGAAAUGCAAGAGCUGGUGCGAGUCCAAGCACGACGGAGACAACUGGAACGGGAGCGUUUAGAACGCGUUAAGAACCUGGCGGCUAUCACAAUUCAGCGUCAUAUCCGCGGGUACUUGAAGCGUCAAUGGUUCGCUUCACAGAAGGAAUUGCUGGUCCAGAUCCGCUGUGCUUCACUCUUACAAGCCUUGUAUCGUGGUCGCAUUGCACGCAGACGCACUGCUGCUUUACGAAGGAGUUAUAUCACGCGUAUGGAGGUGUUGACGCGACGUGCAGUGGAAGGGAAAAUGCUGCGUACUCUGGGCGCUCCGACGCGUCCGACGCAGCGUGGACUGCGUUGUUUUCUGUCGUUCUUUGGUCUUGAUCCUGCUACUUUUCUCACAGACAUUCGCUCGGUUUUUCGAGAAGUUCGAGAGGAUUUUGACGAGUUGCGAGCGUUUUUUCAAGUCGUGAAGAAGAAAGUGGACGCCAACGCUGCUAAACAGCUCGAAUCACACACUGUAGUUCCAGUAGAGAAGCCUCGAACGUUCAACCGGAUGCGAUUGAAGAGCAAGUCGCAGGCUGCGCAGCGAUAUCUCGGCGACUUUGAGCAGCUGGUAACCAGUGCGGCGGACGAAAAGCGACGCGAUGAAGAGCGCGUAGACCGUGGCGGUGCCGUUCGCGUCGUGUUACCUGGUCAUCCACGCUGUGGCGAGACGGCGUUCGUGUUGAGUGUGGCUGAUGGCGUAGCUCAAGUGAAGAUGGAUCUGGACGGAGAGCUCGAGUUCUUCCCGUUGAUCAUCCCGUCCACCAAACUGGAGCCUGCUAAGCGCGUUCUACACCGUGUACCGGAGUUGGCAUUCUCUGCUGCUUGCUCCAUUAGCGUCACUGGGUCUGAUGACAAGAUCAGCGUUAAAUGGCGUCAAGAACUCGAAGCGUACGCUGCGUCUAUCGCGGAUGAGUCCAAGCGCUACUGUGCAGCUCGAGUGAUUCAGUGUAUGGCUCGAGUCUACUUUGCUCGUAUGCAGUAUCAACGAGAACUGGAGCUCCAAGGUAUAAACGCUGCCAGACGCCAACAAGCGCUACUACGAGUGCUCAAGACACUACGCUGUGCUAAUACACGAGUAGCUCGAAUGUUAGUAAUGCUGCAGCUUGUACGACCCAUGGACGUCCCGCCUGGUCUUCCAGAUAAACCACUAGCCAUCCACAAGAUCAUCAACCGCGUGCAGAGGUCUGUAGCUCGACGUCGUGAACUGGAACAAGUGCUGAUGAGACUCACACCGUUAGAAUAUAAAGGCGCACUGGUCAACGAUAGGAAUGGUCCAGUAGUGCUACCAGCGCCGUACACGCGCUUCAUCGAUCGACUGCUGCUUUAUCCUUUACGCUUAGUACAGCACGCGACAACUGUGUCAAUAGCCAAGCGACUAGCGAAGCGUGGGCAAGCUGAACUCGCAGCGUUUAUCGGCGGUGCGGAGUUUGCUAAGAGCUUCGAGGAGGAACACGCCAAAGCUAAGGAACAUUUCUUCUCUCAACUGGUUAACUGCUCGUUCUGUGCUUCUGAAGGUUGGGCCUUAGUCCACGGAGUCUUCCAAGAGCGUCAAGUAGCUGUGUGGGAGAGUAAAGAGGACAAUGAGCCUCAGAAGUUCCGUACUGCUAUCGUGCCUCAUGGUUGGGGUGUAGCGCAUUUCUUGACCGGUCAAGUUCAUGCUGGCAAGGCAGCAGGGAGUGCUGCAGCCGCUACAAUUGCUGGAGUAACCACUAAGGGGAACUGGCUGGAGCGCAACUCGAUCGAAGCUCGUUAUAAGAGUCUACAAAUCGUCAAGGCGCUUAAAGCUCAAGAACGAGAAGAGAGACUGGAGGCGCAGGUAUUGGAACGUCAGGGUGUUUGGAACACAGAGCGCUCGCGCGAAGGUCCUCGAGGAUUCGCUAAGAGACAUACAGAGAUCAGUACUUUAGAGGAGAAGACCAUCGCCUUCCUGGCUCGGUUCGAACGUGAAGUUGCUUGGAGAGAUCGUGACGAAGUUCGACUGUUGCAAGAAGAAGCUCGAGCCAAUGCACAGGCCGAUAGAGAGCGCACUGCGCUCAUCGCACAAGGCCGAGCACUUCAUAUACUGCAACAGCAAAAGCCAGAAGCUGUUGUGGACGUGGAGAUUGUGGCCACGCAGAAAUCUGCACUGGAAUUCCUGUGUGUUGGCUGCUUUAUCGAGGUGGAACUGGACGACGAGAACUGGUAUGAAGCUCAAGUGGAGGCUGUGGAUCCGUACUAUACUUGCACUGCACAGAUGUUGUACACGGAGGACGGCAAACGCGAGACCAUUAAACUUAUAGAAACGAUCGAGACGGAGGAGAAUCCGCAGGAUCACAGCAAACUCACAAUCGCUGAGCUCAAUAUGGCUGCCAAGCAGAAAGCGGCCUCAGAUGCCAUACCGUUCCGCAAAUGGCGAGCAGGGAAAGCUGCGGAUGUGCUUUGGGAGGCUCCACUGGACAAUGGUGCUGCAAUAACCCAGUACAUUGUCGAAUGGAAAGACGAGAGUGGCAAAGAAGCUCUCGCAGGCAAAGCAAUUGUAUCGAAUAGCAGCAGCUCAAUAGACUGUCAGCGUGCCUCACAAGUUGAUAUUGAAACUCCACAAACCGAAGACAUAAGCGAGUUUAACUCCACGCCUUCAGCACCAACGAGAACCACAUUGUGGCCGAUCCUUCCCGAGUGCGAACAAUCAAUGCGCGUCCGUAUUGCAGCUCAGAACGUCCAGGGUGUGGGUCUUGCCAGUAUGUACAUGGAACUACCGGAAGAGCUGACGGAGGUGAGUUUUCUAACCGCAGUGCGACUCAAGCGACCACCUAUUGACACCACACCACUCGAAGCUCGAGAAACCACAGCCAUGAGUCUAGAGGACACUGCAGCCCAGCAACUUCGAGUCAGAUUGACUUGUACCGUGUGCCAGACCUCCGGAUUCCGCUCAAUGGAAGAAGUGAGCGAGCACAUCUGCCGGACGCACGCAGUUCCGCUCAUCUGUCCCUUUCGGUCUUGUGCUCACGUCUGCGCGUCAGAGCGAGCACUACGUUAUCAUCUUUGGAACUCCACAGUGAACCGUCUCACGCCUGAAGAGAAGGCUAGUGCGUUCUUCGUCGAGAUAUUCCAGCUCUCAAGACAGUACUGCUUCCGUAAAGCUCGACGGCACAUGGUGCCUGGACGAGCUCCAGUGACUCAUCAAUCGCAAUUAGCAAGAACCCCACCGAGAGAUGAAUACGAGCGCGCCGAUAGAGAACAAGCCCAGAUCGAGGAAGAAGUUUACUUGGAAGGCAAAUUCCAGGACGCAGUGAACGUCUGGAUGGCUCGAGGUCGAAAUUUCCAGGAGAAAAACUUGGUAAAGCGCGAAAUGAUGGAGCGACGUGACCGGGAGAAUCGACUGGAGACUCCGUCUCCACUUUAUGGUGUGGAUUUUGAGUCUCCCGAGGUGAAUGUAGGUCGACGUAAUGUCGUGUUGGACGCCAUUCGCUUGUUAGAACAGGAUCUGGAGGCUUUCAGAGUCGAGACGAACACGCAGCUUGAUGUUUUGCGUCACGAAGAAGGCGAAUUGCAGGACUAUAUCGCUCUUAAAACCAAGCGCAUCAAAGCCAGUGGGGGUGAAGAAUGGCAGAAGCAGUCGCUCAAACGCGAGCGGAAGAAGGCGGAGGCUUCACUGGCUCAGGUUCAGGACAAGUUGACAGCAUUGAUCGCGUCGUCCGAAGAACGGAUCGCAAUGAUGGAGAAGGAAUUGGAGCGCUUGGGAGCCAUCGAGAAAGCCUUCGUACCGUUCACACACCAACUCAUUAAGACGUUGCGAAUGCGUGCUCUAGUACAGGAGACUCACAAACGGGGAUCCGAUGUCCUUGACAGCCACCGCGUUCUUCUUGAACAGUACCAGGAAGAUUUACGCAAACUGUUGGAACGUAUGGACCAUCAAGUGGAGAUGCUGAAUGCCUGGGACGCCAUGAUAACAGCACGGAAGAAGCAGCUUGAAGCUCUCCAAGAAGAACUGAGGCGUCUGCAGUUGUUGCAUGUGGCAGAGCGCCAGAAGUUGCGACAGCAACGCGAUGAAGGCGACGAGUCCUUCCUACUGGGGAAACUACGGCAGGAACAGGCUCGUAUUGUGCAUCGUCGAGAGCGCGCUGAAAAGGAUGUGAUGUCUAAGAGCGCCAUGACUCGAAUGGAGUUGGCGUUGGCCAAUGCUAAAGCCGCUCGAGAGGCAGCAGAGGCAGCGGCGGCUGGUGAGGAACUGAAGAUGCCGCUGCACUCGCUCCACAUCUCGAACCACGACCUCGCACUGCACGAACGCUUCUUACACGGCAAAGCCACAGACGCUGAAUACCUUCGCGACGACGUUGGCAAGCAGUCAAACGGAGCUCCUGUUGAAGGCGCUACUCAGUCUACGGCUGAUACCAACACGACGGCACCGGGACAAGCAACUUCAGAGCUAAAAGCUGCAAACACAGCGGCGAUCGAGAGCACAUUUGCACCUGAUAUUACCGUACUUAUCGAUAAUGAGACUAGCGAACCGGUUGCAAAGCCGAAGCCUCGACGACGAACACGAAGCGAGAAGCCGAAACUUCGUGAACUGCCUCAUACGUACGUGCGUUUGGAGUGCUCAUUCCGAGACGGGCGAAUUCAAGGCCACGUGGUUAUCGAGUACAACGAUGGCUCCGUCUACGAAGGCCCGUGGGUCGAAGAUGCCAGCGCCAGUGGCUUAAAGCCUUUUCUCUCCAGUGCUGGAGCUCCUCCUGAUCCACCGCGUAAAACUCGCAAGCCAGCACACAAACACUGGGGGAAGUUCACGUGUCGAGACGGCACCAUUUGGGAAGGUGAGGGGGUCGACAACUUCUUCUCGCCAUUCACAGCCAGUGGCGCAAAUUUCCGCGUGACAUCGUGUCCUGCCACUCACAUCUACGAAGGCACAGUCCGUCGUGGUAAGUUCCAUGGCCUAGGCAUCCUACACAUCCGAAUGGUCUUCGCUCGAGGCGAGUACGUCGGUGAGUGGAAAGAUGGUCAACGUCACGGCUACGGCAUCGAACGGAUGGAGAACGGAGAGCUGUACGAAGGCUACUGGGCGUACGACCGGCACAAUGGACCUGGUGAGCUGGUACUCUCCGAUGGUUCCCGUUACGACGGAUCAUUCCGUCGUGGUCUCUGGCAUGGACAUGGCGUUCGCACUCUGGCGAAUGGAGACCACAUAUCUGGAGAAUUCUGCGACGGAUUCCUUGAUGGCCCCGGAGCUGUGGAGUUCGCUGACGGCCGCCAUUACGCAGGAGCAAUGCGACGUACACGAAGACACGGUCACGGCAUUCUCGUGUUCCCGAAUGGAGACAGAUACGAAGGUCCGUUCGAAGACGAUGAGAUGCAUGGCGAAGGGAUGUUCAUCACUCGAAGCGCUGGAAACGAAGGCACAUCGAGUGGGAAGAGUGAACCUUUGGAGCGUCUUGGUCGCUGGGAACAUGGCGAACACAAGGCGUGGCUGAGUAAACCCAGCUCUCAGCUAGCGACCGCUACGUUUGUGCAGUACUUUGGCGUUCUGCAUCGCGAAAACGGGACUGGCGAACUAGAACUCGAUCUGUUGCCCAACAAGUUCCGGACUCCGUAUGCUGUGAUGAUAGCGAGGCAGUUGCCUACCUUACCCGAAGGUGUAGAUCCCGACGAUGCCUUCGUCAAGGCAGUCGUUCACUUACUCGCAAAGACUCAAAACGUGAUGGUAGGCGCUGAUAUGCUCGAGAAAACGGCGACUGAACAUGCAGAUAUCGUCAAAGCGAUCGAAAAACACGAACCGGAACUGGAGAAGCUGCGUAACGAGCAGGAAGUCAGUGCUCGAGCCAUGAGAGAAGCCAAAGUGCGCGUUGCCAGUCUGACUGCCGAAUUGAGCGAAGUUGAAGCUCAGGAGGAAUCCAUGCAGGUCAAAGUGGAGCAAUUCUGGAAACAAGAUCGAAAGCAGCUCGAGCGGAAAUACCGAGAAGCGGUCGAUGGUCUGCACGAACUGGAACCAAUGGACUGGUACAGACUGCGCUCGGCCAAACUGGACGAUACCUUCAUGUCGUUGUUGAAAGCCUUCUGCGUGCUGCUCAACUUCACGUCUAACUUCCAAUUGGAACUAGAGGAGAAGGAGAAACGCGAGAAGCUGGCGAAAUACGAGAUGGAGAAGCUUAAGUUGGGUGAUAAAUCUGCUUUAAAGCCUCCUGACUUGCCAGAGUUCCCGUCUCGUCAAGAUGUCUUGCGUUUGUUGUCGAAUAGCGAUGAAAACGUCAUUUUGGGCGAUCGAGAGGGUUUAAUCCACAGAUACGCGGUCAAGGCGCUGUAUGUCUUGCCGCUGUUCGAUGUGUACUCGUUCGCCGAGGGGAUUCGAAGGACUCGACUGCUCUCGCUGACCAAUGUGAUCCACCAUCCACGUCUUCGUCCUGGUAACUUCCAACUGCACAGUGUAUCGCCAGCUCUAGCAGCUACGUGCGUCUGGGUACGUGCAGCAUGUCAAUAUGCCUCCAAGGCCGCUGAGAUCGCUCCUACCGUCCAGCGAGUCAACGUACGACGUCUGAUCCUGCUCCGAAUGCGUGGAGAACUGGUCACAGAACGAGCUACUGAGCAACAAGCCAUUCAAGCUGCUGAAGAGGCUCGUAGGAAGUUUGAAGCUGCAAAGACGACUAUGACGACGAUGCAGGAGACUCGAGGGAGACUGCGGAAGAUACUGGACGACCUCGACGCACUCGAUCGUGCUGAGAGUGAACCGAUGACCAAGCAGAACAUUACACGACCACGAACUGGUCUCAAGUCUGUCGAACUCGACGGUGAUAGUGGCAAGCCUGAGGAUACGUCAGUACCGGAUACAGCGGAGGGUUUAAGUGGCCAUGAACCGAAAGAGGCUGUAUUGGAGCGGAUCCUGUCCGAUUCAGCGCUGGCUCAGGAGUUCAACAUCCUCAAGCUGGAAGUUCACAAGGUUGUGAGUCGCUAUGACGGCGGCGAAUCCGGUAAAGUGCCGCUGAGUGAGUUCCCUGCAGCGUUUGAGAAGUCGAUGCACAAGUCCAUUGUGCCUGCUACUUACGGAGUCAAGAAGCUGCGUACUCUGCUUGGUCUUCUGGAAGAUGUGAUCGUGAUCGUUCUGCCUGAGCGAGAAGGUGAAGUGGAGACUGUGCAGCUCGUUCCUGAGGCUUCGAGCAGUGAGGAUGAAGCGGAUACGAGUGAAGACACACCGAAACCCAAGCGAGCUCACUACCCAGCGCCACCUCGACUCGCGUUCUUCUGUCGGUCUUGCCCAGGUUUGAGUUUUGCCAAAGAAGGCGAACUUCGUACCCACGAGGCCACUAAAUGGCACCAUUGGAAUGUGAUAGCCAAGCGUGAAGGUCGAAAGCCACGUAAAUGGACAAUGGCGUCUUCCUGCUGGAGUGAGGUCUACGACGCUGGAUCGGGCGAGGUUUGUUAUUACAACCGCAUGACUCAAGAGGUCGUUGCGGCUGCUGAUGGUCCUCCACUGGAGAUGCAGGUGGACGAUAUCCUACUUGAGCUGCUGGUUGAUAAACUACCGGAGGCUGAAGCUGCAAGGACGGAGGCUGAGGAUCCUUGGGAGGAAGUGGCCGACGAGUCUGGCGUCGUCUACUUCUACAACCGCAGCACAGGCGAGACAAGCUGGACACGUCCUGAAGUAGUAGACGGGGCUACGUAGUCCCAUAGAGAAAAACUAUACAGUGAAUUUCCAUUGUGUUGCUUAGUUUCAUCGGUUAAUAACAACAAAGGGGAGGCGAAUGCAC